AUGUCCGAUAACCCGCACCACCCUGGCGUGCGUAGCUUGCUGGCCAAAUUCGAAAACCAAAGCCCCAUCGCCUCCCCGCCCUCCCGUGGCCGAUCCCCAGCUGCGUCAGAUUCCUCGGGAACGGCUCGACAAUUAUCCAAAGUCCGCGCCAGCUUCGUCACCGUGGACGGUGUCAUCCAAUCCAACCCAGCUUCGCCUUUGAGGAAAACAAGCGGGCGCAGCGACAGCCCUGGUAUUUUUGGCCCGAAGAUAAAUUCGGAACAGACAGAGUCUGGCCGGCAAACAAUGGCUUCUCCUACUCCGCCCAGUCACCAAAAACACACCCAGAAUGCGACUCUGGGACGGAUAAUGGCGGACGGCCGACCCGAUCAGGGCAAUGAGACUAAGGGACAACCAGACCAGAGUGCCAAAGAAAUCCCCACAACACCUACCGAGACAGCGCCGAAGCUGGACCCUACGCCAGAGAAGACAGAGAAGGAUGUCUCUGUCCGGUCCAAAUCGGCAACUUCGGACACUCCUUCGCAGAAUUCGGAUUCAUCCGCAAAGGCCAAGAAAUCUUCUCCGCUUGGCCCUGCACGGAGUGCGGCCAGCAAGCCCAAAGUAACUGCUGCACCUUCAGCCAAGCCUGCCUCCAACACACACCCGAAGCCUUCAGCCCGCGAGAUAGCCAAAGAGCGCUCCAACUCUCUCGCCCACAAGCCGAGCCGCGUCUCGCUGAACCCUAAGACAACUGCACGAUCAACCCGAGGCGCCACCCCUGCACAAGACACUUCAAAGCCAACAGGCGCAAGUGCACCCACCCGAUCCGGAGUGAAGUCCCCCGCCAGGCCUGCCCGUGCAACAGGCUCAACGGCUGCGUCAACUCAAUCAUCUGCUGGGAAGCUUGGAAGCACUGGCGCUCCUAGCACCCGCGGCGCGACUAGCUCAACCCUCCACAGAAAACCCUCAACCUUAAAGAGUGCAGUUGGAAACCAGCACGCGACUGCCCCAACCACUGUUCGCAGACAAGCAUCCCGUCCAUCACUGCCCGCUCAGCCAGCCGGAGAUGCACAUGCCAAGCCGGUCAAUGAGGGAUUCCUCGCAAGAAUGAUGCGACCUACCGCCAGCUCUGCUAGCAAAUUGUCCCAGGAGAAGGCUGAUUCAAAGCCUGCGGCAAAGACUACCACUGCGCACAGGGCACCCAGACCCUCAGUUGGAAGGACCACGGAACGGGGUACAUCUGAAGUGAAGCCUAAGAGCACCUUGCGACCGCAUGGUGAAAAAUCCCAGGCUUUGAACAAGGGCUCGGUGCCACAGAAGAACGGCCUCAAGCCUCCCCAGAAGAAGCAAGAGAGUGAGAAGGAGAAUAUCGCCGAGACUACCAACGCCAGCCCGAAGGAGCCUGUGCUAGCGAAGCCUGCCCAAGUUGUCGUUACAGAACAGCCCGAGGCCACCGCGAAAUCAGCCGAAGAGAAGGCUACCCCUGUUCAAGUUGAAGAGUCUGUCCCGGAAGCCGCUGUUGAGUCGAAUGAGAAGCCGACGGAGCUGGCUGAGCCUAUAGUGGAAGAGACACCAGUCGAGGCUCCUACUCCGGCUGAGGAACCUUUGGAGGUGCCGGUCAAGACAGAAGCUAUUGUUGAGUCUAUUCCUGAAGUUGUCGAGGAGAACUCUGGAGACAAGGCCGCCACUGAGGAAGCAGCUGAGCCCAGCCCAGCUCAACCCAAGGAGGUUGCUGAGGAGCCCGUUGCGAACUCGGAAUUCACCAGUAACGAUGAUUCCAAGGUCAGCGAGAAGCAGGAGGCCAUUGCAACCGAACCAGAAUCAAUUGAGGUCUCCAAGUCUGUCGAACCCCCAGUCGAAGUUUCUGAGAAGAAAGAGGUAACUCCUGAACCUGGACCCUCGGAAGAGCCAACUCAAGAGACAACCACAGAGACUGAGACCGCAGAGACUGAGACCGCAGAGGUUAAGCCUGCGGAGGAAGUCUCUGCCGAUGUUCAAUCCAAAGAGCCUGCACCUGCUGUGCAACACUCAUCCGAGGCCGAAUCAAGCAAUGUCGCUCUCGACAUCACCAAUUUGGCCUUGCAUUGA